GCGGAGGGUAGAGGAGGAGGAGGCGGAGGGUAGAGAAGGAGGCGGAGGGUAGAGGCGAGCUCUGCGCAUGUGCGUCCGUGCGGCUUGGGGGGGGGUGAGAGACAGCCGCGUCCGCCGCGUCCCGCCAUGUACAAGCUCAAGUCGACUCAGAAGGAGAAAGUGCGUCAGUUCAUGGCGUUCACGCAAACGAGUGAAAAAACGGCCAUCGCCUGCCUCGCGCACAACGACUGGAAGCUGGAGCUGGCCAUCGACAACUACUUCCAGAACCCCGACGUCUACUACAAGGACAGCGUCAAGAGCUCCGUGGACAGGAAGCGACUGGAGCAGCUCUACAACCGCUACAAAGACCCGACGGACGAGGAGAAGAUCGGCAUCGAUGGCGUGCAGCAGUUCUGCGAGGACCUGCGCCUGGACCCGGCGAGCAUCAGCGUCCUCGUGGUGGCGUGGAAGCUGCGAGCGGCCACACAAUGCGAGUUCUCCAAGAAGGAGUUCCUCGAGGGCAUGACGGAGCUGGGGUGCGACAGCGCGGAGAAGCUGAAAGCGCUGCUGCCGCGGCUGGAGCAGGAGCUUCGAGACCAGGUCCGGUUCAAGGAUUUCUAUCAGUUCACCUUCAACUUCGCCAAGAACCCCGGGCAGAAGAGCCUCGAUCUCGACAUGGCGAUCGCGUACUGGAAUUUAAUACUCGCCGGCAAGUUCAAAUUUCUCGACUUGUGGAACAAAUUUUUGCUCGAACAUCACAAGCGCGCCAUCUCACGGGACACGUGGAACCUGCUGCUUGACUUCAGCAACAUGAUCGCAGACGACAUGUCCAACUACGACGAGGAAGGAGCCUGGCCCGUUCUCAUCGACGACUUUGUAGAGUACGCGCGGCCCGUGGUCUCAAAACCGCGGCGUACCAUGUUUUGAGUUUUGGCGUAAAAUGACAGCCCUCUUCUGGCGAAGAGUCGGAUAGCCGAGAGAAAGAGUGGGGUGGUGGGGGGGGGGGGAACAGGAGAAUUUGUUUUACGUCUGUUUUUAAAUUACAGCACAAAACACAAAAAAAAGAGAGAAUUGUAUUUCAUAAAAUAUCAAGAAUUGCCAAUAUUGUGUGCAUAUGAUAAUUAAAAAACAGAGAUAGUUUAGUUUCUACCAAGAGUCUAACAACGACGAGGGGGGGGAGGGGUGGUUUUGGGGCGGCGUUGGACCGAGAGUUGGUUUUGAAUUUGCGCAUAACGCGCGUGGCCCUCGUGCCGGGACCGCGAGCACGAGGAUCGAGCUGGGCCGCCGGCGCCUACGGCUCACCCGGCCGGAGGCUCGCCAUCCCCCAGAUCACCGCUGCCGCUAGGGACAAGCAGCUCCCACACAAAAAAAGCUCUAUCGUUUAUUUCAAGGCGACGUUGAAAAUCGCCCGCCAAUGUAUCGAUCGCGAGUUACUUUUUUUUUGUUUUUGCCAUGGAUGAAAUAGCCCGAUAUUCGAGUUUGUUUUAAAGAAAUCGUCCGAGAGAUAAAUCAUGUUACCCCGCGAGAUUCGUGUUGUCGCAAUCGAGGUUCGCCUGCCUGGCGAAAUCUAACGUCGAAAAGUGCGGGUAAAUCACGAGUUGGAAACAAACGCUUCACUGGACGUCCGGAGACUUAGGGCCGCGACACCGCCCGGCGCCGUGGCGAACAUCUCGUGGGACGACCCUUGCCUCCGAUAACGACCUUUGGAGUCGAAUCCAUCUUCCAGGGUCCAACUGUGAAAGCCGUAACGCUCGUGCGACAAGAGGCCCUCCAAACGAGCGGAGAGUUGCAGCGCGUUCUCCACGAUACGAUCAGUCGUUUAAGCUUGAGCCGGUUUUACCUGCGGCGGGAUGAACUUCUCGCGAGCACGUGCAGCCGCCAUCCUUUUUGCUGUCCCCCCCCCCGUUCGCCACGUAAAUGCGGCAGGGUCGUGGGGUCGUUCUGACCCGAGCUCCCACCCACGCCCGUCCACCUUCUCAUUUCAUCUUCCACGCUGUCGCAAGCGUCCAUCCGCCCUCCUCGCCCCUGGCAGUGACACGUGUGUGCGCGUGGUCUCCCGCUUCGCGACAUCGGCCGCACGGACCGGGCCAGACAUUCGGGAUUUGCUCUGUGCGUCCGCGCUGCUUCGAGGGGGUGCGAGAGCGAUCGUCUCGGACUGCAGCGCGAGGUGGAGCGGCUCGGCUCGGCUCGGCUGCGAACCCGGGAGGGUAAACGAGACUCUGUCCCGUGAAUUCUUCGACAGAGAGAAAGCGCACUGAUUGCAGUUGCUCACUUAGGCCGAAGUCUUGUCGCCGUGGCACAGAUCCGUUGACCGUUUGUAUUUCAAAGCUCGUUUGAAUUCCCUUAUUAAACAACAACAGAGAAGGCGACCGUUGCCAGGACCGCCGAGAGGUUCCUGGAGGCCCGGGUAGAAUGCCACGUCGGGGGAGCCAGCCCCCUUGUUGGUUGGCGUGAACGAAAGAGGCCCGUUGUGGGGCCUUCUUUGGUGCGAGGCCCGGGGGAACGUCGCCCCAUUUGCCCGCCCCUCCUCCUCUAGGCUGGGCCUCCCUGACGAUAUCAACCAACGUUUAAGUGGCGGUGCUCGAGAGGGGCGGGAGCAAUUCAAUGGCCAAUUCUCCACCAAUCGUGAAGCCUGCGGUGUGCGAGACAUUUACAUUGGGUUGACAUUGCGUGUAUAUACAUUAACUUAACAGACAAACAAACGAAAAAAACUGUUCGCAAAAAAAUGCUUGUGGCAACAAAGAUGACUGCUGUGUGAAGAUGAUGUACAGUUUGUGGAGUGAGAUGACCGAUUAUGUAAAUGGAUCUUACGGGAGCCAAGUGUCUGGGACAGCACUGGCGUCGCGGGGAGCGGUGUACGACGUGCCGGCGUGGCGAGGGAUUGGCGGCGCAAGGGGCUUACUCUGUGCACUUUCCAUUAAAGAGUGUUGCGAACCUGUGAGGAGCCAUCGCUGAGCACUCGCCUGCACAUCGGGGUCAGUCCAUGAGUCCAGGCCAGAGAUUUGUAUCCCUCGCGAGGCUGCGAGGUGCCCCAGGGCAUUGCAGCACAAUAAUGGAUUCAAUCCACAGAUGGGAUCCAGUGCUUUGCGUCUGCCUGUGGAUUGAAUAUAAUGUGCGGGAGCUCUGACAUUUCACGUCCCUUGUUAUGCGUGGUUUCCACCAGGUACUCCCGAUUUCCUCCCGCAUACCGCUCGCAAAUGGAAUUGGCCAAAUUUCCAAACGCAGGACCAUCCUGAAAACGUCUUUGAGACCUUCAUUAGCAAUUCAAGGGCAUUAUUAUUGGCCCUGCAGGCCCCUAUGACAACCUGUUUGUGAAUGGUAGUAACCCAUCCAAGCACUGUGCAGGCUGAACUCUGCUUAACGUCCAAGAUCUCGCAAAGAUUGGGUUGCAUUCUGCAUUGCGGAAUCACGCAGUGGGCGUUGCGGCAAAUCACGAGUUGUACUGUCCCUCUAUGCAGCACACCUUCACCAACCCCCGUUGACAAACGUGGUGAAGGUCAAAUAACUCGCAUGACGUGCACGGCAUGGGGAGGGCCUCAUCCAGCAGUGGAUCUACUCACAAAACGGGCUGUACCGCUACCUGCAUCACUACCGGUGCCACCAUAAUUUCUAAAAAAAAAAAACCUGCAUUUGUUUCCGUGCGCAAAGUAAACCUGAUGAAAGGCACGUUUUGGAAAGUUACAUCGCGUUGAUAUUUCUUCGCCAAGGCACGCUGAUGGAGUUCCACCGACGCGCGGGUCGACCCCGCGGCGGUACCAAGUCCAGCAUUGGCUCUGGCCCGUGGACUUUCGUCGGCAGGAGGGAGGGCACCGAGCCGCACUCGUCGGGCUCGCCGCGCUCCGUCUUGACCACGCGGAAACGCGGCUCUGCCGCCCCUUAACCCCCCCCCCGUCACCUGUGGGCCUGUUGCCUACCAAACAUCGGAGUGAGGACUUCCCACUUGCAUUUGUGCAAAGGGUAAACACCACCGAAGGCAUUUCGUGGUGGUGGUGGGGGGGGGGGGGAUGGGCUUCGCGCCAGAUCCGAAAGUCCUUUAAUAUCGUCAUUUGUAUUGAUUUGUCAUCGCAGCUUCGGUGCGAUGACCGCGAACAUCACUGUCAUUGUAAUUGACCCCAUGUCUGGCGAGCGUGGCCCAGCACUUGCAAACAGCUGUAUUUAUAGCUCAGCCUCGACUUAGAUUCUUGGUGGCCCGGACGCACGGGAGGUGGCUUUGUUCACCGAGUGUACAGUCGUAACAACGCGUCCAUUGAUUAAUAAUAAUUUUAAAAAAUCCGUUUUUGUGCCCGCGAUGCGGUGCGUCGCCCGCGAUGCGGUGCGUCGCGUCGCCCGCAUGGGAAUCGACUUAAUCAAAUGUACGUGAAUUGUGCACAAGCUCUCAUUUGGGCUACCCAUGACGCGCAACAACAACAACAACAACAAAAAUGUGCACCGCCGUGUCGGAGACACAUCCGAGACUAGAAAUGAGCGAGCGUGAAUCGCACAACUCGCGUCGUUGGCGAUUUGAAGGCGUUAACCAUUGCAUCGCACGCCCGAUAGGCAAGUGGUGGUGCGUUCAAAUGCGACACCUGCAGAGUAGUGCGUGAAUUGAUUGUGCGUGAAUUGAUUUUAAGUUCGUGUGCAUUUAAUGUAACGGCUCCUUGACCCCUGCGACAACGAGAGAUGCUACUUUUGCCACGGUUAAAAAUAAUCGAUCCUUGAAUCGAAUCGCGACACCCCCACCACCCCCUACCCCACCCACCUCGUCGUGACAAUCCAUUGAAUCCACAAAAGUGUUCACCGCGAUGCGCCGAGGAGCAGUCGCACGUGAAACUGGGUGAAACUAGCGCAACGGUCGUGGUUGUUUCUUCGACUCCGGGUCCCCGGCUUCACUUUGACGUGAAAAUAACCGCCACGCCGCAGCUGCCAGGGAAAAAUAAUCCGAUAGAAUACGCGAGAGAACAUGUACAUAUCUACACGCACACACACACGCACGCGUGAGUGAACGUUUUAAAUUGGGUCACUUGCAAAGGUCAUCCGAGCCACCGCACCACUAAUUCUGAAGGCCCAUUGUGGGAUGAAUGUUGCAGUUUGGUAGCAGCUGAUCUGAAGGUAUCCCAUGCAAACCUAAAGAUACCCCGCGAGAUGAGAUUACUCGUGCACAGGGGAAAGCAAGGCUAAUGGGAUUUGUGAUAACGUCUGCAUUUUGUUCGUCUCCAUCGGGAAAUAAAUGUUGGUUGCAUUGCAUUUCACUUCUUACGAGGCCACUCCCAAAAAUCCCAACGCUGGCUAUGAGUAAAUUAAAUCAUGGAUGUCCACCAAAACAUAUGAAUCUGAUAGCAAUAACAAAUGCAAUUGAACACAGUUGAAGAUUCUGAUGAAAUUGCUUCCAAAAUACAAAUGUGUUCAUUUGCGAUUUGUGGAAUUCCAUCGAGGGAAAGGGCCCUGGUUCUCCAGGACGAUGCUGAACUCUCUGGCAGUCAUAACCACGCGUUGGGAUGUUCUGUUUGCUGCAGCCCCGCUUCUCACUCCGGGACGGAUGCGGAUUUAAUAUUGGGGGCUGUUUCUGGGUGACGCACAGCACCAAAUUAGUGCGAAAUCCAAAUUUUCACCUUUAUCAGAAGCAGCGAUUAAGAACAUUUCUGGAAUUUGAGUGGUGCCCGAACCUGGAUUUUUGACCAGGAGUUUUAUGGCUCAGCAGUUAGGGGUGGGUUGGCGAGGGCUUCUCUCUGGAGGUGCCAAACAGAUGUGGGCAUGGGAUCUGCAGGGCAUGAAAGAGCAAUUUGGCUUGGUCUGGUCCGGUCUGCGUUUUACACAUUUUCACCCCCCCCCCACUCACAGGAGCCAACUUUCCACUGCACCGUGGACGUGUGGGAGUCACGGCGUGAAAGGCUUUGGGAUAUUGUCGCGUAUUUUAUAGAGAAACCGGCGUUUCGGGAACAACCUGCACGCCCCACGUGUGUCGAGGCCGCCGCCCUCGCUCUGCAGACUGCGCGAGGCCGAGGGAGCACGGAGGCCCCUUGUGCGUUCCCCGCGUUUUCUAACAGCGGACGGAGGAGGAACACGGCGAAGGCGGCGUCGCGCAGUAGUAACGGCUGCCCUGCGGAUAAUGACCCGAUGUCAAGUGUGUGUGUGGAAUUAUACGAAACACUGACCCAUGUAUUUAUAUAUAAAAAAGGCUCAAUUGAAGUCA